AUGUCAAGCAACGGCGGUGACGACAAGAGUAGCAGCACCUCACCAUCAAUCCCAGCAUCAGCCCCAGUCGGUGGGCUAACGUUCACAGAGCCACCGCAAACGAAGACGAGUUAUUACAAAGUAGCACCAGACAACGCAAUAACGUUUGGAUGGAAUUUGACUUCUCUUUAUAGCACACCAGACAGCUUGACAUUUGAUGCUGUGCACACGGAUUCAGAUAAUACAUAUACUAUGGGUUCUGUAGGAGGUGGAGAAUCCACGUUCGAAUGGGAUCCUUAUAAAUACCACACUGAGAAUAACUCACCGCCACUCGUUUACGAGACAUACCAGCUUAGAGUUUAUGACAAGAAUGGUCCUAGUGCUGCACCCGCACCUGGCACUUUCAUGCCAAACACCAAUAUCAGAUUCGCGCUAUACAAACCACAGUCGUACACACCUUUAGAUGAAUGGGUCUGCCCUAAUUGCUCCUCCGCCGUUAGAAGCUUACCUCUCGCAAGCGUCGCUUGGGUCGUCACACUCUCACUCGUUCUCUUCUCCGGUUACUCGGUUUUGAGAGGCGUAGGCGGCGGAGCUGGUGGUAGACGCUAG